AUGAGAUCCAGAGCCGUGGGAGGUGAAGUGACCUAUGUGGUCAACCGGAAUAUCAAUUUCACGAAUGUUUGCGUGAAACGCUGCGGCUUUUGCGCCUUCAGCCGGACUGGUGGCAAAAGCGACGAAGGUUAUUUCCUUCCUCUUGAGGAGAUCUUGCGGCGGGCAACAGAAGCGCAGGAGCUGGGAGCUACUGAAGUUUGCGUGCAAGCAGGAUUGCCACCAAACAUGCAAGGUUCUCUCUAUGAAACCAUUGCGAAGGCUAUCAAACACAGGCAUCCGGACUUGCACCUUCACGCUUUCUCGCCUGAAGAAGUUCUUUGGGGAGCCAAACGUUCCAAUUUGGCCAUCCGUGACUAUCUCUUGAAGCUCAAGGACGCUGGCGUUGAUAGUUUGCCAGGCACCAGUGCUGAGAUCCUCGACAAUGAAUUGCGGGCACAAGUGUCCAAAGGCCGUAUCUCAGUGGAAGAAUGGAUUCAUGUUGUCUCCACAGCUCACUCCCUUGGGUUUCCAACAACUUCCACCAUGAUGUUUGGCUUUUGCGAAUCGCCGCGGCAUGUGGCCAACCACCUGAUCUUGCUUCGAGACCUCCAAAAACGUGCGCAAGAGUCCUCUCAAGGGGGAUUCACAGAAUUUGUGCCCUUAGGGUUUGUCGCAUCAGAAGCUCCAAUGUGGAGAUCCGAACCUGCAGGGCCGGAAGCGGAAGACGCUGGAGACUUUGCAACUCCGCAGCUGCCUCGAGUCCGGCCAGGGCCAACUGGGGUGGAGCUUUUGCGCACCCAUGCUGUGGCGAGACUGGUCUUCAACCCCUUUCUGCCAGGAGGUAUCCGGAACAUUCAAGUCAGUUGGGUCAAGGAAGGCUUCAAGGUGGCGCAGCUGCUUUUGGCUUGUGGCGCCAACGACCUGGGAGGGACGUUGAUGAAUGAAAGCAUCUCUACCGCUGCAGGUGCAACGCAUGGGCAAUUGGCUAGACCCAAAGACUUGCAGAACCUUGUUUGGAGCCUGGGCGAUCCUGCACGCUCCGUGGCACAGAGGAGCACUUGCUACGAGAUUGUGCGCCGCUUCCAAAACCCCGCUGUCAUCGUCGGUUCAUCGCUGUCUGAAGAGCAGGGAGAGAUGUCUCAUUCGGCUUUGGACGUGGUGGAUGCAAAGAGCUUUGGUUCUUUUCACCAACUCAUCUCCUCUCCUGACCACCGCUUUGCCUCAAAGCGAGCAAGCAAGAGGGUUACAACAAAUACAACGACUACUGGCUUGGGCGGUGUGCGCGGUGUGCACCUUGCGCGGACUGGCAACGCUAGACAUUUCAGCUCUGAGCCUGACUGCAUGGAUGGUUGCGUGCGAGAUCCUUUGAAGAAUCAGGAAACCUCUUUGUCAAGUGUGUCAAGACGAAGAAUCACAUAUUCUCCUUCCUUCACGCUGGUGCCAACCUUUGAAUGCUUCAACCUUUGCACUUACUGCAACUUCCGCAAAAACAUUACCAAAUCUGGCGACUGGAUGGAUGAAGCCACAGCCAGGGCGAAAUUGAAACUCCACCAGUCGAGCGGAGUCCAGGAGAUCUUGGUCAUGGCUGGAGAAGUCCACCCAAGAGCGUCCAAUCGAAAUCAGUGGGUCGGUAGGGCAGAAUCUCUUUGCUCACUAGCCCUGGACUACGGUUUCCUUCCGCACACAAACAUUGGCCCCCUGAGCCGCAGCGAGAUGAGCAGAUUAUUUGCAUUGAACGCCUCCAUGGGCUUAAUGUUGGAGACCGUGUCAUCUUUGAAUGGACACGGAGAGGUGAGCUAA